GAGGAAAAAUAUUUACAAUUGAAAGCUAGCGUUAUAUCAUAAGGAUGUUGUCGCAGUUAUUGGUCCUUCUUCUUGCGCUUAUCCAGCUAUCCCAUGGAAGAAAUAUAAACGAAAAGGUGCAGUUUGGCCAAAUUUUACACAGGUUCAAGCGAAAUGUUUCACCACCAGUUUGCGGAGUACCGAGACGAAAGGGGGAUGUAACGCGAUUAGAUCAUCCAGGUACUGGAGGUAACUAUGGUAACAACGAGACAUGUGAAUGGACAAUCUGUACCAAUACUCCUGGUGUUAACAUUAAUAUUAUCAGGAUGGAUGUUGAGGUGAACACGUUAUGUAGAUAUGAUGCAUUUAGAAUUGAGAGUCCGCAAAUUACUGUUUGUGGAAAUUAUCUUGGCAAUUUCUCAGUUGCCACCACCAUGGGAUGUAUAAAUAUGAGUUUUACAAGUGAUGGGAGUCUUACUGGGACUGGAUUUACAGUGGACAUAAAACCGCUACAAAAUUUUACUAGGCCAACCACUAUCACUCCACCUAUAUCAACCACUACCAAUAAUAAUGAUUGUGGAGUAGAGAGAAAAGACGGUUAUUCAACUAUAAUAGACUAUCCUGGAACUUGUGAUAACUAUGGCAACAACGAAACAUGUGAAUGGACAGUUUGUACCAAUACUCAUGUAGUGAAUAUUAAUAUUACAAGAAUGGAUAUUCAGGAGGGUUAUAGAUGUGGUCAUGAUGCGUUAAUCAUUAGAGAUACUAAAUACUGUGGUUCCUUGCUGCAGAAUUUCGAUGUGCCUACGUCAAAUGACUGUAUAAAGCUGAGAUUUACAAGUGAUGGAUCUAUUUCACGAAGUGGGUUUACCUUGACUGUAACACCAAAACAGACACCUCGAAGCAAGCUAUCAAUGAUAGAAACGGCAUUGGUGGACAUUAAAAACGAAGCCGUUGAAACUGCCCACGAAGCUAAUGAUGUAGUUGUUCGUUUAAUGGUAUUGCUAAGAAAGUUUAACUGGAGCAGAGGAUAACAUUGACACCAUAAUGUUUUCCCACGUGUAAUUGUUAACAGUUUUCAAAUAAAAUUGUAAAUUGUUUCAA